AUCUUUAGUAUGCUGCAGUGUGUAGUGAGGCAACGUUGUAAAGCUUUAAACUCAAGUUCGGCUGUGUGGCAAGCAUGUGGCACGGUCUGUUGUUGAUAGCUCUCUUUUGGGGCUGCGGCUGCCUGGCCCAGAUGCCGUCGCAUCCCGUUGCGUAUACGCGUCAUUUAUCCGAGUUGCGCAUCAAGGAACUGCAUGAGCUGGCCAAGCGCAUGGAGCUCUCUAUAAACUCGGAGAAGUAUGCCUGCGAUAGCUUCUAUGAUUAUGUCUGCAGUCGCAAUCGUCCGCUCUUCUCGAUUAUGGGCCACAUACCACAGGGCAACGAUCUGAUACAACUGUUUACCAAGCUGCAGAACGACAAGGAGCAGUUUGAGGCAAAGCAAAAGAUGAUUGACUUUUUCAUAUCCUGCAACUCGCACAAGUCGCUGCACGAUUGCUAUCGCGAGACAUUUGAGUACUUUAAGCCACUAUUUGGCUACAUUAUAACCAAGGAUGUGGUGCUGGCCAGCUCGCAUGAUCUGCAGGACUUUCAGGCCGUACUGGACGGCUUUGUCAACGUGGCCAAGACUGUCUUUAAUUUACACUCGCAUACACAUCCGCUGCUGGAUAAGCUGAAGAGCUACAAGGAAAAGUUUCGCACGCCCAACGUUUAUUUCUAUGCCGGUGAAUUGAAUCGUGAAUAUGGCGCUCUGCGCAUCUAUCGCGAGAGCUACGAACAUAAUCUACGCAAUUUGGAUUUACAUCGUCGCCGCAACUCCAGCUAUGAGCUGGGCGUGCAGCGCACGAUGCUCGAUUGGAGCUUGUAUCUGUAUCAAAGUCGCAACAAGCCCAUGUCGUAUUAUUUUCCCACCUUCACUGUUCAUCUCUACAUGAGCAUGUUCAACCAGACGGAGCGUCAGCGCGACUUUCGACGCUUCCCCGAGGAGACCGAGUGCCUCAAGCUGCCGCCCUACGUUAAUGUGCUGGGCGAGGCACGCAUGCUAGCCGUCAUCUAUCUGAAGAGCUUCCGUCAAGCCUGGCAGGACUACAGCAGCUGGAUCUUGAGCUCAGACAAAAAUCGCGAGAUCUACGAUGAUGAGAAUGAAAUUCUCAAAGCCUAUCAGCUGAACAACAAACGGCUCUUCUUCACACUUUACGCCCAAAACUUUUGCGAGUUCGGCAAGGAGCUGGCUGAGCACUUCUUCUACUUGGGCCUGCAGCAGAAUACCGACUUUUUCAAUAUUUAUUCCUGUGGCUAUCAAACGGAAUAUUCCAAAAAUUGCAUAUAAAACAUUUUGUUUAUUA